AUGAUUGUACAAAAUUUAAUAGAAUGUUAUGUAAAUGAAAAAAGUACAAAAGCUAUUCUUAAAUAUAAAAAAGAAGUAGUAGACUAUUUUUAUCAAAAAUUAUUAGAACAAAAAGAAAAAUAUAAGAUUUUUAUAGCUGGGAAAUCCAACGUAAUGAAAAGCAUAUAUGAGUUAGAAAUUGAAAGAAUAGAAUUUUUAUUGCGAGAAUAUUUAAUAAUAAGAUUAGAGAAAAUGAAAGAAGAUUAUUAUAUCGAUUUGAAUCUUUUGUCAUCUCAAGAAGUAGUUUAUUACACGAGAUUACAAAAAAUAGCACCAUUUAAAAACAAAAAAAAUGAUAAAAUUGAAGUUAUUGGUUUUUUAUGUAAAAAAGAUUUAGGAAAUGUUAUUUUAGAUGAUGAAAAUGUAGAAAUGUGUAAAGAUGAUUUUUUUGUCGGUCCUUUAAAUGAUGUUUACGAUUUAAUCAUUAAUGAAGACAUAAAACUAGUAUAA